CAGCAUGCUCAGACCUGCUGCAGGACAGGAGGGCUGUUAAAAAGCAGAGCUCACAGAGACUCCAACAGAUUCUCUGCACAGCUGACUUCAGGAUUCAAACAACAUGAAGAGCAGCUGGAUUUCGCUCUGUGGGAUAUUGGCAGCAGUUUGCUCGGUCCAGACCACCUACACUUUCUACUCAAAUCUCCGCUGUGAAUGUAACGGCAAGGCCCGGUACUGCCUGCGGGAUGCCUUUGGUCUCUACUGCAUGGGUUGUGAGGGAAACACUGAGGGCCGACACUGCGAGCGCUGCAAGGACGGCUUCUACCAGCAGGGGGCGGGACAGAGCUGCAUGCCCUGCAGCUGUAACCCCGCAGGGUCUGUCAGUGAUACAUGCGACAGCAGGGGGCGCUGCAGCUGUAAGGAAGGAGUCAGUGGGGACAAAUGUGAGCGCUGCCCCGAUGGACCGAUGGGGCCGAACGGCUGCAGACAAAGACGUCAGGAAAGAGAGGAUUCUGGGAGUUUGACUUCGUCGUGUUUCUGUUACGGACACAGUGAGCAGUGUUCUGCAAAGCCUGGUUACUCCAUCUACAACAUCUCCUCCACCUUCAGUACAGGGCCAGAUGGCUGGACAGCAGCGACGGUUCAUGGUAUGACUCCUCCAGAUGUUUUCUUCCGCUGGUCACCCAAACACCAGGACUUGGAGGUGAUCUCCAAACAAAGUUUGCCGACUUACCUUUACGCACCAGUGUCCUACCUGGGAAAUAAACUACUGAGUUAUGGUCAGAACCUCUCCUUCUCACUCCGUUUGGACCGCGGCGUUCGACACCCGUCCACAACUGAUGUGAUCCUGGAAGGGGCCGGUUUGAGAGUGGCUGCCUCAUUGGGCGACCUUAGGUCCAUCGUCCCAUGUGGGAAAAAGAUUCACUACACCUUCAGGCUUGAUGAGCAGCUAAGCAGCAAAUGGAGACCUCAACUUUCAGCAUUUGAGUUCCAGAAACUCCUCCAGAACCUUACAGCCAUAAAGAUCCGGGCCACGUUUGGAGAAAAUGGCCGUGGUUACCUUGACAACGUGAACCUGGUUUCUGCGCGGCGUGGGGAAGGCAUCUCGGCCAGCUGGGUUCAGACCUGUAGAUGUCCUCCGGGAUACGAGGGGGACUUCUGUGAGCGCUGCUCGGCCGGGUUCAGGCGCAGAGUCCCAUCAGCAGGAUCCUUCAGCGUCUGUGAGCCCUGCAGCUGCAGGGGGGGCAGCUGCGACCCCCAGACUGGAGACUGUUAUUCUGCUGAUGAGACGCCAGGCGAACAAAGCUGCUCAGAAGGCUUUUACAAAGACCCAGGGCAGCAGGGGAACUGUGUGAGGUGUCCCUGCCCAGAGAGAACGUCGUGCUCUCUGGCUGCUGGAGCUCUGGAGCCUCAAUGUCACCACUGUCCUCCAGGAACCAUUGGGUUUUACUGUGACACCUGUCGCCAGGGUUUUUACGGCGACCCUGCAGGUCUUCAAGGUGUGCAGCGAGCCUGCAGACCCUGCAACUGCAACGGUCACAUCGACGUCAACAUGGCAAGGAGCUGCGACCGCUCCACCGGAGAAUGCCUGAGAUGCUUAAACAACACCACUGGACGUUUCUGUGAGAACUGUCUGAGAGGUUUCUACCACAACCGAUCCACUGAUGCCUGCAAACCCUGUAACUGUGACCCUAAGGGCUCAGAUGACGAUCAGUGUGACGACUUUGGUCGGUGCCAGUGCCGACCAGGCUUUGAGGGCCUGAGGUGUGAUCGACCCAACUGCCCCGCCUGUUUCAACCCCAUCAAAAAGAAGAUGGAGGGCUACGCUGUGAAACUUAAAGAGCUGGAGAGGCUCUUCUCUGAAUCGGGCCAAACUCUGACAAACGGCGCAGAGAUGGAGGCGGCCCUGAAAGCGAUAGAGAAGCUGGUAAAGAAUCUGCAGGAGAACAGCGAAGACCUCACAGAGAAAGACAAAAGCCUGCAGGAUCGUCUGUUGUCCAUCAGCAGGACUCAGCUGACAGAAGAAAAGAAUAUCCAGAACAUCUCAGACAUAGCGGAGCAAAUCAAGCAGCAGCGGAAUACCUUCAACACCAAGGUGGAGGACGUGGAGACACUAAUGGAUGAGAUGAGACACCAACUGGAGGGGGCCAAAGCCAAACUCCAGUCAGUGGAGCUUCCUCUUCGUGAUGAUCCCCAGAGUUCAGACAGUCUAAGUCGGCUGGUGCCGCUGGCAAAAGACCUGGCUGAAAAUCACAAAACGACGGCCGACUCCGUGAAGAAGACAGCCGACGAGGCUCUGAGCGACUCACAGAAGAGUCUCGAUUUGGUGCGACCUCUAAUGAACAGAGAGAACAAAGUCAAAGAGCUGGUUGGAGAUCUGAAGAGCCUUUAUGAUCAGAAAUCUGCAGAUGUGAAGAAUUUGGAGAAGCAGGCAGUUGGAGUGAGUGAUGAUGCCAGCCAGGAAAGCAAAAUGGCUAACAACAUGCUGAAAGACAUCUCAAGGUUGGAAAAGAGCCUCCCAGCAUCAAUGAAGGGGGAUGUGGACGCCCUGCUCACCGAGCUGAAUGGGCUGAAGGAGGAGGUGCAGAGGAACAUCUCUGUCGCAGAGGAUCUGAUGGAUGAAAUGCAAGAACAACGGACAAUCGUUAAAGACCAGUUGGAUAAAGGAAAAACUGGCCAGAAGGAGUACAACAAGCUGUUGGACAGAGUCAACGAUGCUAAAACCAAAACCGAAAAGGCUCUGCAAAGCAUCAGAACCAACGACGAGGACCUGAGCAACACCCUCAACACCCUGAGAGGUUUUGACCAGCAGAUCAGUGACAGCAAAGCUCUGGCUAAUGAAGCCAUUGGACGUCUACCAAGCAUCAACACCACCAUCCAGGAAGCUGUUCGCAAAAACGAUGUAACGCAGUCAGAUCUGGACAAAGCGUCCGGGGAUUACAAUAAGGCCGUGGGAAAUAUCGACACUCUGGACAAACUGGCUAAUAAACUGCAGAAAGCAGUUGAAUCACUACCGCCCUCUGCUGGUCUGGUGGAUGAAGCCAAAAAACUGAACAAGGAGGCCAAGGAUCUAAAGAGCAGGGCAGAGGAGGCGACAGAUGACCUGAAUGAUGAGCUGAAUGUGGUGGAGACGCUGACGGCUGAUGCCCAAGAGGCGCUUGAUGGAGCAGCUGCAGCCUUCACCAAUGCCAAACAGAGCAAAGACGCUGUUCAGAAAAUGCUACAAGUUGUUAACGACAUGCUGGCCAAACUGAAUAACGGAGACACUGUAGAUGAGGAGCAGGUGAGGAAGCUGGAGGAAGCUCUGAACAAUGCUGAGAAGGAAGUGCAGGAGGGUCUGAGGCCUCGGCUGCAGGACAUGGAGCAGCAGGAAGAGGUACAACGCCGCCGGCUGACCACCAUCAACAUGGACAUCGACACCGUCCUGGCAGAUAUUGCUAACCUGGAGGAGAUCCUGAGAACCAUCCCUAAUGGCUGCUACAACAAUCGGCCCAUAGAGGAGCCCUGAGGGGCACCGCCGGCUCGGACACUCUUUCCCCUACUGACAAUCUGCUGCAGUGACCUGGAGUUCCUGCCUUUGAACCGGAUCCUCCUGAGGAACCUUAUAUCAGACUGGCUCAUCACUCAUUCUGUGUGGGACCAGUGGAUGAAAACGGCACUGCUUGUUUUAAUGCAUCGUUUUACAUUCUAAAAGAAAAUCAAACCUGUUCUAGAUCUGACUCCUAAUUCAGAACAAAGAAAACUUUGUAUUUAUCAGUACAUUGUUGAAAAUUACUUAGCACAUCACCUCUAUUAUCAGGUCACUAUAUUUGUUAACUGUGCAUUUCAGGCUCCAUUUUAACGUUCUUGUAAUUUUUAAAUCCCUCAAUGAAUUGGCACCUGCUGACCUCUCUGAGCUCCUACAACAAUAUUUACUAACCUGCUCCCUCAGGUUUGCAGCCACAGGGACGAUCUAUUCUGACAGCAAUUAUCACUGUGUUAGUUAAAACUUUUUUAAAACAAUACAUUUUAUUAAAGCAUUUUGAAUUUCCCGAGAGGUUAGCUCUUUUAAUUUUAUUGACAAUAUCUUUCAUGUAUUUUUUAAUUUCCGUAUAAUGUAUCUAAAUAUUUUAUAGGAUGUUUUUUUUAAACUUUUUGGGUUCAACCUUUUUUUGUAUCUGCAGUAUAUAUAGCACUUUGUGAACCUGGACUGUUUAAAAGUGUUUUAAAAAUAAAGAUGAUAUGGUACACAUAAGCAUUACUAUAUCAUCAGAUUAGAACCUUUUAUUACGGUAAAUAGUUUUUUUAGACAUUAAUUCUGCAGAUUUAUACAAAGUUCCCUCAUUGAACAGUGCCAGACCAUUCCUUUCACUGUCGCCAUUUUUGACUUGAAGCCGUCCAAACAUUUCCACCUGAGAACAUCAGCUGAUGACACUAAAAUAAAGUUAAGCGUUAAGAUUGUUACUUUUUAUAAGCAUUUUAAUGAGACAUUUCUUUUUUCUAGUAUUUAUUAAUCAAUAAGGAGGGAGAAGGUGAGUAACUCUAAAACCUUCAUUUCUCCAAGUUAAUAAACUUCAGUUUACUGCAGGUAAAAUGAAUCAUUUAGGGUGUUUUCACUAAAAAUAACUAUAAACAAAAAUAUUUCUCUUUUAAUGUGUGAUUGUCAGCAAUAAAAUACAUUUCUUUAUGUUGUUUUUGUAUUUAUGACUGUACAUAGUGAAAGAUAGUUUUGCUAUUAUAUAUAUAUAUUCAUUUUUUUAUUAUUAUUUGUAAUCAAAAGUCUUGGAUCCCUGAAACAGUAGAAGGUAUUUAUGUUUUCUGACCGAU